GCUACUUUUCCCACACCGGAAGACAGUAGACCGGAAACAAUGAAUAAAAUGAGGAAGAUGAGAACAUUGGUCACGACCUUACUUGAACAGGAUCUGUUCUAUAGGAUCGUACCUCUGAAUCCUUGAUUUAUCAAGAGACCAGAAACCAUGCCUGGUUGAUGACCGAAGGCUCUGGAGGUUAGAGCGUGAUUAACAGCUCUGGUUCAGCUAUGGCUCGAGCAGUAGAGGAUCGUUCUCAGUCGCUCGCGGCUGGGGUGACCUCUGGGCUGUCUGACAGAUGUAAUGAGACAGAUACAUUUGCUGAAAAUGAAGCUGCGAGUUUGCAGACAAUAUAACUCUUAGCCAUGGGGAGAAGAGUAAGAAAAAUGCUGCUAAGUACUCAGCAAUGAUGGCUCUUAUAGUUGUUGUUUUGAAGCGGUGUAUCUUCUACUUCUCGAAAACCUGAAACGCCCCAUGAAAUGUAGUUCGAUGAAGUAUUCAAAGAUCAAAUUAAAUCUGCAAUUAUAAACUUCAAGAUACCUCCUGCAUCCAAUGCUGCAUUAGGAGAUGUUUGGUGUCCAUUUAACAACGUUGCUGCCUCUUUAGCAUCUUAUCACAGAAAGUCAUCGGUAUCACUAGGAGAAGUUGCUCCACAGCUGGCACCUCUCUCAACAUCUGGUGCUCCUAUGUCUUGAGAAGCAAAUAAUAUAUUCUGAAUCAGAAGAGGGUAAUACUGCUCCCAAGGGAGUAACUAUCUUAUCAACCAAGACAAAACUCAAAAAGCUUUGGAUUCUGGGGUCUGAUGGUGAAAAGUACAUGAUUUUGCUAAAAGGGCGAGAAGAUCUGCGACUUGAUGCCAGGAUCAUGCAGCUACUUCAAGCGAUAAAUGGCUUAAUAAAAGAAGGAAGAUGAGCGGACUAGUCGCGACCUUACUUGAACAGGAUCUGUUCUAUAGGAUCGUACCUCUGAAUCCUUGAAUUAUCAAGAGACCAGAAACCAUGCCUGGUUGAUGACUGAAGGCCUGGGGGUUAGAGCGUGAUUAACAGAUUGGCUCAGCUUUGGAAAUAACUUUCAGGUUUGCAAAUAAAUAUCCCCGGUUGUGCUGGCCGUGAUCUCAUGCUUGCUUGGUUGCCAAUUCCUCAACAUGCUGAGGUUCGUAAAGAAAUAUCUUCGGUUGUGCUGGCAGUGAUCUCAUGCUUGGUGCCAAUUCUUCAACAUGCCAAGGAACUCAACAAGUCACUGGUAGAAAAUAGCGCUAUAACUCUUGGAAGACUUGCUUGGGACUGUCCAGAGCUCGUUUCACCACAUAUGGACCAUUUCAUGCAAGCGCGGAUAUGUGAUGAUUUUGAGGAGGCAUUUCGAGGGUUAUGUGAAAUGGUCAGAGCAAAUCCGUCGGGGGCUUUGAGUGCAAUUCAAUUGCAAGUUGGCAGGAAAUAAGGAGCAAUGAUCUUCAAAAUGAGGUCAUUCAGGUGGUGCAAGAACACAAAUGAAUGCUUGAGAAUGGGACGUAGAAACAGUGCAUGUCCGCUCUUGAGGCUCCCAUGAAGGAUAACUUCUAAAGUACCUUGCUUAAUGCUCGCUGCCUUUUCGUCUCAGCUUUUAAAGCACCUUGCUUAAUGCAUGUGAUUGAUAAUGGAGGGAGCUAUGCACCUCUGCAUUUUCGUGUUAGCGUUGUCUAAUUGUUAUGGUGUAGCCUGUGUGAUUUGUCAAGAGUGCAAAGUUUUGGCCAAGUGAGUGAUAUAAGAAUUUGGGCCUUUAUUUAAACAAAUGCAAAAAUUGGUUGUUUGAGAAAAAUGGUGAUACUGUAAAGGGUGGAGGGGCAUUUGUGAUAUUUUCUUUUCUAUUUAGUGUCCUGUAUGUUAUCAUUUCAAAAAUUAGGGCAUUGUCUUACUGUUAUGGAUCAAGAAAUUUUGUCUCACGUAAUUUUAUAUACACAAAUGGCACUGGGCUCG